AAGGCACACAGGGGAGACACGCCCUCUAAGCAUGCCCAGUGCCAAGAUCUCGAACGGUAGGUAGGCACCAACAUCGGUAGGCACAGUGGUGGUGGUGGAGGAGGAUGUCGAACUAAAACUCUCGGUGUUGGUGUUGGCGGAGGUAAUGUUAGUGUGGGCUGUGCGAGUGUUGGAGAGAAAGUGUGCACGUGGUUAUGCCCAAAGCGCUUGAAAGCAAGGCCAUUGUCGAUCGUGGAUCGAGUUAGAACGAAGGAUUUACAUAAAGGACGUGAGACUACGGAACCACGUGAGGCUGGCGAGACCUACCCACGGAAUCUCACUGAUUCUUCUUCUUUCUUCAAGACGUCAUCGUAAUCAGUAAGCCAGAGGGUUCAAGACUCAAGAAAGCAUUUCCUUAGAAUGACACGAUGGGUGGGCGGCGCAACUUCCUCCUGGUAAACAUGGCUGUGGUGCUCCUCAACGCCGGCUUGGGAAUCCUGGUCAAUCUCGCGGCUUUCACAAACAGGUCGGGAAUACGCGAAAGAUACUUGACGCUUCCUGUCGACGACGGGAAUCUGUCUAUGUCCAAUCCUGCUCUCGCACCGGGAGAAAUCAUUCUUGGGGCCUACGGUCUCCUGGACACAUCUGGAAACUAUUCCACACACGCUUUCGUGUGGCCAGCUCAGGACUGGCCUCUGGUAACGAGCGAAUCUCGCGUGUGCCUCGUGACACAGGCCUCCGUCGACAGGCUAUUCUGGGUGGCGUGGCAGGCGGAAUCAUGGUCGGGGCCUCUGUCAGUUUCUGUGUUUGCACCCGGGUCAGACUUCGCCGUGGCGUCUGCCAUGAUAUCUUACCUGAGGAGAUGCUUCCCGAACGUCCAGGAAAGGGUGUCCUUUCACCUCGUACACACGAGAGGUCGCCCGCCUCGUCCAACGCCCCACCCUCAGACCCACCGCCUGAACUGCGACGACCCGGAGGAGUCGAACAAGAUCCUCAUGAACCUCAGGGACGAAACGGAGCCGAGGGAAAGGCGGUAUCCUCAGAAUCUCAUGAGGAACCUCGCCAGGAGGACCUGCCCGUGCGAUUACGCCCUGACCAUCGACGUGGAUAUGCUGCCAGUGUCCUUCAUGGCCGAGAACUUGACCGGUUUCCUCAACAGCGUCGCACCGACGCCGUGCAAGAAGUGCGCUUACGUGGUGCCGGUCUACGAGCUGGACAACAGUGUCACUUACUCGCCCAGCGAUAAGAUGGAACUCCUGCACCUCCUCCUCAAGGGUCACGCGAGACGCUUUCACAUGAAGGUGUACGCCAGAAACCAGGGCAACUCCCACCUGGAGCGCUGGGAGGCAGAGCCGGGUCGUGACGACAACGGCGAGUACAAAGUGAUGUACAACAUCACGACCUACGAAGAAUUCUGGGAACCUAUUCUCCUGCUGCCUUACACAGCGCCCCUCUUCGACGAGCGCUUCGUUGGGUAUGGGUUUACCAGGAGUAGCCAGGUGUACGAACUUCACCGUCGAGGUUUCACCUUCCAGGUCCUAGACCAAGCUUUCCUGACCCACCGAGGCUUCCAGACCACUUCCAGCUACCAGCCGUCGAGAUUCGCUCAGAUAGAGAUCAACAAAGUCCGAUACCAGAUGUUCAAGAGAGACCUCCACGCCCGACUGGGCUUGGCGCCGCCCCAGCCCAUGAAGAUGCCGAAUCUACGUCAGCAGCUGCCCCUCCUCAUAGGCCGGAGGUCCCAGGCGUCCAAAUCUCGCGCUGCGACGGCGACGAUCAAGGGCGUCCCGCUGCGGAAGGACAAGAAAGCGAACUGAUUCCUUGCCGUUAGAAGCCCUUGAAAAGGCAACUCUUCAUGAACUCUAGGCUCAUACUGGGCACGAACAGUCUAUAUAUCUGUAUGAUCGUGCAAGGGGGAACGUGACAGUGAACGAACUAUAUUAACUGAACGUCAGAACGUGAGGGGUAAGAAGACGACGAUGAAGUUAUAAGAACGACACUCAAACGGUUAAAACUCGAGUGAGACACCAGAUUGUCAGUACAUCCAUCUUGCACAAAUUGAAUCCCCCCCCCCCCCACAAGGGGGAAAAAACGAGUCUGUUACGUAACCGUUGUUCAGCCGUAUCGCAUAACAGUAAAAGUAAUACGGAACACAAGACUUGGAGCUCCUUUUUUUUUUUCUAUUAACGCAAGACUAUUAUCAUGCUCAGGGUAUUAAGGAGCAUCUCGUUACGUGCGGAAGGAGGACGGCGCGUUCCCUGACUGUUCAAUAGAGCUACGGACUCCGUAAAUCUUCGUUUAGGCCUAGUCGAUGCCGUAGCAGCAAAGAUGACCUCCAUUAAAUUUAAAACUACGAAAAAAAAAAAAACAUACGAAACGAAAGACGACAGAGAGAGAGAAAGAGGGAGAACCCUCUGAGACUCUCCCACUGGAGGCGUCGCCCCCCAAGUUUUAGGGGCAAAGUAUAGGAACGUUUAGACAAGGGAAUCCUCCAGUCACGAGAUUAAUAUGUCCAUACAAAGACUCCUUCCGUUACGUUGAAGGAUUCCAGUGUGUUCAGGACGGAGGAAAGAUACUGAUUAAUUAACGUAUCCGUGACUAGACCCAUACCCAAACUCACCGAGGUUCCUAGACUUAGGCCUAAACAGCCGGAGUCCGAGACCUAGACACCCACGUUUCUAGGCCUUCACCCAAACUCGCCUGGGUUUCUAAGCCUACACCCAAACUCGGCCAGGUUUCUAGACCUAAACCAAAACUCCCUCAAUUCUAGACAUAGACACAAACACCCUCAUUCCUAGACCUAUACCCUCCCGGGAUUCUAGACCUAGACCCACAUCUACCCGGGUUCCUAGACCUAACCACAAACUAACCCAAGAUUCUAGACCUAGACCACUCUCUCCCGGGUUUCUAAACCUAGACCAAACUCUCCCGGGUUUCUAAACCUAGGCCCAAACUCUCCCGGGUUUCUAAACCUAGAUCCAACCUCACCCUAUUUCUAGGCAUAGGCCUAGACCACCAGUCCCCGUUGAAUGACAAGGGAAUUAUUGUACGAAUGCGUUCAACGUCAGUAUUAUUAAGUACACACUGUGAUGGUAAUUCAGUGAAAUAUCAUGAACAGUGGUUCAAUUUUUAUAAAUUUCUCUACUCUGUGAGUAGGAGUUAGAUCCUGUGGCUAACGGGAUGCUAGUAGGAAUGUAAUUGCACAUAUCCUGUGACCAAACAGGACGCGCUUUUGUUUAAUUCUAUAUGUACUUCCUGUGGUAGAUAGUUUAUGAGUAAUGGAACGAUGUCGUUGUACCAGGACAAUGUAGAUGUUUAUGCAUUAAUAUACAUUAUACGAGAUUGUAUUGUUGUACUAGAACAAUGUAUAUGUACGUGUUAUUGUAUAUUCAUAAAAGAAUGUUUAUUGUACCAGAACAAUUAUAUGUAUUAAUACACAGGACAAUGUGUGUGUGUUAAUACAUAUUACAAGUUCGUUUAGUUGUACCAGAACAAUGUCCUAUGUAUGUCAAUACAUAAAGAUCCUUUGGUUGCACAUGAACAAUGUAAAUGUAUAUGCAUUAAUACACAUUAUACACGAUCGUUUAGUUGUGCCAGAACCAUGUAUUCUGAUUAAUUCAAGAUCGUAUCACUAUACCGGAACAAUGUACGUAUAUACUAUGUAUGGUAAUACAUAUUUUUACAAAAGUGUUUCGUAGUCCCAGAACAAUGUAUGUGCAUAUGUAUAAAUACACAUUAAUACAAAUCGUUUAGUCGUACCAGAACAAUGUCUAUUGUAAGUCGUAUUAAUAAAAGUUUAAGUUAU